CCUUUCCCCAGGAGAUCCUCCCUCUGCGAAGGAGGGGCCAGGGCCGAGGAGGACGCACCGGAAAGCGAAAGAAAAGAAACAGAAGAAAGUUUGGCCGAGACUUUGGAGACUUUGUUUCUCCUUUGCGGCAUGGACGCCCUCAAAUCCGCCGGGCGAGCCAUCAUCCGGAGCCCGAGCUUCGCCAAACCCGGCUGGGGAGGAGGCAAGCACAAAAAGCUCCCAGAAAACUGGACUGACACCAGAGAAACCUUGCUGGAAGGGAUGCUCUUCAAUCUAAAGUACCUGGGCAUGACGCUGGUUGAACAGCCCAAAGGAGAAGAGUUGUCUGCUGCAGCCGUCAAAAGAAUUGUCACAACUGCAAAGGCAAGUGGGAGAAAGCUUCGGAAAGUAACCCUGAAAGUGUCUCCCAGAGGAAUAAUCCUCAGUGACAGUAUAACCAGUGAACCUAUCGAAAACAUCUCUAUAUACAGGAUAUCUUACUGCACGGCGGACAAAGUGCACGACAAGGUGUUUGCCUAUAUUGCCCAAAGUCAGCACAACGAGAACCUGGAGUGCCAUGCUUUCCUUUGUGGCAAAAAGAAAAUGGCUCAAGCCGUCACCCUCACGGUCGCUCAAGCGUUCAAAGUGGCAUUUGAAUUUUGGCAGGCAUCCAAGGAAGAGAAGGAGAAGCGGGAGAAGGCCAUCUUGGAAGGAGAGAGCACAAGUAUCCCAAGUUCCGAAAGCUCAGCCUCCCCCAAAGGACCAGUCACUACCGGGAAUCUCCUAGACCUGGAGAAUGCCACCAAACCCCCUUUGACCCUGAACUCCAACUCUGUGCACUUAGACAGCAGCAUCUUUCGACCACAUUCAUCAGAAAAUAACAACGUUGUGUGGGCACUGGAUGACGGGCUGGAUGAAGCGUUUUCAAGAUUGGCAGAGUCUCGAACUAACCCUCAGGACCUUGACAUCGGCUUGACUGCUCAAGAUAUCCAGAGUGCUGAAAUCCUGUCACCCGUCGACUGGGACAAAGUUGAUGCCGUGAGAGCAGGAGAAAAAGACGACAAUCUCUUUGGCUUCUGACGUCUUCCCUGCGUGUUCUCCUGACGUGCUUUUUUGGACUUCAUUAACCACUAUGAACCUGAUGCACUGCCAUUUGGGUGAUUUUAACUGGAGGGGAUGACCAAGAAGGGGAGGGACAGCUAUACAUUUGGUUUAUUUGGAUGGCGUUAUGGCACUCUACAACUCUUUUGACCAAAGCUAGAGAUCUUGUAAUGCAUCUUUAUAUG